AUGUCUUCGGAAAACCUUUCAGCUUUGGGGCUGAACCCAAGAUUUCUUACAACUUUCUCUUCCUUGGUUGGUGCUGCACAUGAAAGGGUAGUGGGAUCAGCAGGAUGGUGGCUGUGUGGGCAAUGGCAUAUCUCAAGAGGGCGAUCUUAUCCCAAGCCUUCCAUCUCCGUUAGUCCUAGUAAGGAGGUUUCCCUGGGGGGAAAUGCUACCAUCCAGUGCAAGAGUGAAAAGCACACACGUGCUGAGUUCUAUCUCCUCAAAGAAGGGGCAUCAAGUGUUUUGGCACAGAAGACGGCACAACACGAUAGGGUUGAAUUUCCCAUUGCCAAUGCCAAACUAUCUGAUGGCGGGAUCUACUGGUGUGAAUAUAACUUUCUAUCGUCUCCAAAUGAAUGGUCUUUUCAAAGUGACCCUGUAUGCAUCAAAAUAACAGAUAAAUCUAAGCCAACAGGACAAACAACGGUCAUAUGGGCAAGUGGUGCUACAGGCCUUCUCCUUCUGUUCCUACUCCUGCUCUUGCUUGCUUUCUUAUGGCACAGAAAAAGGAGAAAGGGCUCCCCUGCCAAGGAAAGAAACCAACCAGUGGACCAGCCCCUAGAAACCGACAUUGGAGCAGAUCCAAAUGAAGUUUCCUAUGCUGUGUUGAACCAUUUGCCAUUGAAGAGCAACUGUGCAGCCGUUCCAGACGGAGUCCCAGAGACGUGUGUCUAUGCAUCAGUGGCCAAAGAGAGAGCCAGGAAUGGCCAAUAGGCAGGACUUCUCAGGGAUCUGGAUACUUCUGGGAACUCAGCGGAUCCCCGAGUUCUGUGGACACACAUCUUAAGCCUGACGUUGAGCAUGCAAGCCCUACUUAUUCUCCCCACACUCUCAUGUA